CGACGACCAUGGAGGAAUAUGCCCGUGAACCUUGUCCUUGGAGAAUAGUGGACGACUGCGGGGGUGCUUUCACAAUGGGCGCAAUUGGUGGAGGGGUGUUUCAGUCGAUCAAGGGCUUUCGUAACGCCCCUGUGGGUGUUCGACACAGGCUGAGGGGAAGUGCAAACGCCGUGAGGAUAAGAGCGCCGCAGAUUGGGGGUAGCUUUGCUGUCUGGGGUGGGCUCUUCUCCACCAUCGACUGUGGUCUGGUUCGUCUGCGUGGAAAAGAGGACCCUUGGAACUCCAUAACAAGUGGUGCAAUGACCGGAGCAGUCCUGGCAGCACGGAGUGGGCCCUUAGCUAUGAUGGGCUCCGCCAUGAUGGGGGGGAUUUUGCUGGCUCUGAUUGAGGGCUUUGGAAUACUCCUCACUCGAUACACAGCACAGCAGUUUCAGAAUCCGAGUCCUUUUCCAGAAGACCCCAGUCAGUUACAUCCCAAGGAAAGCAGCCAGCAACAGGAGGGCAGGGGGCAAUUCCAGUAG